AUGUGGGCAUCGUACGUCGUAUGUCGUAUAUUGUACGUCGUAUAUCUCGAGGAUGUGUUGGGAGGUAGGUUCAUUUACAGCAUAAAAUACAUAGAGGUUGUAAGCGAGCUGUAUUGCACGGCUGUUCGGCUUAGUGUAGGGAACAGAACAGAACAGAACAGAACAGAACAGAACCCUCAGCGACUACUCGGCGUGCUUCUCUUCGCAUCGCCGCUCCAGAUCUAA